AUGGGAAAAAUCCAGCGAUGGGAAAAAUGGGUCGCCUAUUUGCAUCAUUUGGAAUCGGUCAACAUUGCGCGAUGCAUGCAACCAUUUUCCCCAACAUCCAUCCAGCUCCAUACCUUCGUCGAUGAAAGCGAAGCUGGAUACGGAGCCGUGUCGUACCUGUUGCUGAAAUCUGAAGGAAACGUCACGACUUCGUUCGUCAUGUCAAAAUGUCGAGUAGCUCCGAUCCACCACCUCACCAUACCGAGGAUGGAAUUAUCCACCGCUCUCCUCGGCCAACGUUUGGCUCAAACGAUUAAAAGGGAACAACGACUGAAAAAAGACGCUGAAACGUAUUGGUCCGAUUCGUCUACGGUACUUCGUUGGAUUUACUCAACCCAUUGCCGUUACCACACUUGGGUAGCCAACCGAGUGGGCGAGAUUCUCACUCUGACGGAGGCCAAACAAUGGCGACACGUACCGGGCGUCUUAAACCCGGCCGAUCAUUGUAGCCGUGGGAUCGAAGCAGUUUGUCUGACGGAAGACAACUGCUGGUGGACCGGUCCAACCUUUCUCCGCCAACCCAAAACCAGCUGGCCAGCCAUGCCGGAACAUUUCGAGCCGCCGGACAACGACCCCGAAAUUAACCAUUCUAAAUUUGAAGGAUCAACUUUGGCUCAAGAAUCUCAUCCUCUUCAUUCACUGAUUCAAAAGAACUCAAACUUGUGUCGGUAA